AUGUCAUUUUCAUCAAAAGAAGAUCCAAAAACUUUGGUAUUAUUCGAUGUUGAUGGUACUUUAACACCAGCUAGAUUAACAAUUUCUGAAGAAAUGAAAUCAACUUUGGAAAAAUUGAGAAAAAAAGUUGUUAUUGGAUUUGUUGGUGGUUCAGAUUUAAGUAAACAAGUUGAACAAUUAGGUCCAAAUGUUUUAACAGAUUUUGAUUAUUGUUUUUCUGAAAAUGGUUUAACUGCUUAUAAAUUAGGUAAAGAAUUAGCUUCACAAUCAUUUAUUAAAUGGAUUGGAGAAGAAAAAUAUAAUAAAUUAGCUAAAUUUAUUUUAAGAUAUCUUUCAGAUUUAGAUUUACCAAUUAGAAGAGGUACAUUUAUUGAAUUUAGACAUGGUAUGAUCAAUGUAUCACCAAUUGGUAGAAAUGCAAGUACUCAAGAAAGAAAUGAAUAUGAUGAAUUUGAUAAAAAAGCAAAAAUUAGAGAAGAUAUGGUUUUAGCUUUAAAAAAAGAGUUUCCAGAUUAUGGUUUAACUUAUUCUAUUGGUGGUCAAAUUUCAUUUGAUGUUUUUCCAACUGGUUGGGAUAAAACUUAUUGUUUACAACAUGUUAAAGAUGAAGGUUUUGAAAAUAUUCAUUUCUUUGGUGAUAAAACUUAUAAAGGUGGUAAUGAUUAUGAAAUUUAUAAUGAUGAAAGAACAAUUGGUCAUGCGGUAAAUAAUCCAAAUGAUACAAUUAGAAUUUUAAAUGAAAUUUUUAAAUUAGAUAAUUAA